CAAUUAGUUUGCACGUCCAAAGAAUAACCUAUGCCUUGAAACCUAUGCCUGUUUGAGUGUUCAUAGUGCGAAGGGCGAAAAGCGGGGUCAGGUUUUCUACAUCGGAAUUACGCUAAAAAUACUGGGGAAGAGGUAAAAAGGCGACAUAUUCAUCACCACCUUGGCACCAAUUUAUCUUGUGUCGCAGGGAUUUCUACUCAACUUCUUCAUCAACAAAGUUGGAAGUUGAAUAUUAGCGGAAGUUUCCUUCAUUUUGAGGCCAUUUUAUAGAAUAAUGGAUUCAAAAUCAUUGGCGAAAUCAAAGAGAGCUCAUUCAUUACAUCACAGCAAGAAGCAUAAUCCUCAUCAGACAUCAAAAGUACCUUCAGUUAGCUCAGGUACAGCUAGUGGUGGAAAGAAGCAGCCUGGCAAGCAAGUUGCAGACAAACCCCAACAAUCUCAGAGUUUAAGGAAACUCCCGUCAAAUUGGGAUCGGUAUGAAGAAGAGUUUGUUUUGGAUUCAGAGGACACGAUCCAAGAGAAUAGUAGCCAAGCAACUGAUGUUGUGCGAAAGAGUAAAGGCGCUGAUUAUGCUUACCUAAUUCAAGAGGCCAAGGCUGAGUCUCAAGGAAAUUUUUCUUCCGAUAUCUUUUCUUCACUCAGUGAUGUUCUUGAUGACUUCACUCAGGGGUUGGGUCCAUUGCUUUCUUCCAGAGGGCAAGGCAUUAUGUCAUGGAUAGCAAAUGAUAACUUCAAGCUCGAAGACAAAGCAACUACCGGUUAUGAGGCGCCGUUCCUAUCACUAAAUCUGCAUGCUCUUGCUGAACAAUUUGCAAAAGCAAAGGUUUCAGAAAGGCUUUUCGCUGAACCAGAUUUACUGCCUCCAGAGCUGCUCGAUGAGUUACAAGGAUACAGCAAAGACAAACAUGAUGUCAGACAAAUUUCACACGUGACUCUUGCAGCCGAGACAGCUAAUGAUGUGUCGUCUCUCGGUCAAGAGCCUGAAGAAAAUAUAUUCAGGGAACGAGAUCAUAUAUCUUCUGCUGCCACCAUCACCGCAGAUCUUCCUAGUCCGGCUGCUAUUGAUGUGAACCACGUUGACCAGAGAUCUUUACCCGAGUCCAUUUCAAAUGUCAAUGUGGACUUGGCUGCUAAGAAAUCAGCUAGAUUUGAAGCCAUUGACGCAGAAGCAGAACUCGAUAUGCUUCUUGACUCAUGUAGUGAAACCGAGUUUUUUGGUUCCUUGAAUAUGACGAAGAGGUCAAACACGUUAUCUUAUGUACAGCAAGAAGAUACUUGUCAGUUGGGCUCCGCUGAAAGUUUGAACGAAGGACACGAUGCGAAGAAACAUGCUAAGAUGCCUGCCUUUGACAACACUAUUGACGACCUGCUGGAGGAAACAUCUGCUCUGAUAAACAUAAAUGAUAAAACGCUACCCCAUGAUGUAAAAGCUGCACCCUCUUCCUCAGAUUCUGUUUCCAAAUCGAAACUCUUGGAUGAUUUUGAUUCAUGGUUAGAUACGAUUUAGUACCACUGUUGUAUUAUUAGCUGAUAUGGAAGGGAUAUUCUUUCAUUUCAACCUGUUUAGUUUGAUAAAUGACUCCAAAAUUAGCCUCCAGCACAUUCACUCAGAAUGGUGGUAUGCAAAUGACCUGUUUUGAGGGUCAGUAGCAUUCGUUUUGUUUAUUU